AUGGCUUCUACCACUUCUACAGAACAAUUGGAGACCGUUGAAAUCACCAAACUAAAUGCCAUUGCCGCUGGUACCAACAAAAAAGUACCCAGAAUUGUGGCUGCUGGUUUAGGUGGUAAGUUGAUGGGUACUGCAGACUUGGUUAAAGUCACUGCUGAAGAAAUCACCCAAGAUUCUAUGGAAUCGUUGGCUGAAAAAGAUGCUAGAGAGAAGGCCAAAUACGCUCAUAAGAAACACAUAUCGGAAGAACCAUGGACAAUGAACAAUUUUGCACAAAAGAUUAAUUGGCUAAAUCUUAUAUUGGUUCUUGGUGUUCCUACCAUAGGUAUGAUGACGGCAUUUUCCGUUCCACCACAAUUGAAAACUAUGGUGUUGGCAUUUAUUCUUUACGUGUUUAGUGGAGUGUCAAUCACUGCUGGUUACCAUCGUUUGUAUGCUCACAAGUCAUAUGAUGCUGCAUUGCCAGUACGUAUGUUUUUCGCCUUUUUUGGUGCUGGUGCCAUUGAAGGAUCAAUCAAGUGGUGGGGCCACUCUCAUAGAGUUCAUCAUAGGUAUACCGAUACUUCAAGGGACCCAUAUGAUGCCAGAAAUGGAUUUUGGUAUUCCCACUUAGGAUGGAUGUUGCAAAAGGCCAACCCCAAAAACAGAGCUAGAGCUGACAUUUCCGAUUUGAUUGCUGAUAAAGUUGUUGUUUUCCAACACAAACAUUACUUGCUCUUGAUGGUUUUCUCGGCUUUCAUUUUGCCAACCUUGAUUGCAGGAUACUUUUGGGGUGAUUAUUGGGGAGGAUUCAUCUAUGCUGGUAUCUUCAAGUCGUUUUUCAUCCAACAAGCUACUUUCUGUGUCAACUCAUUGGCUCAUUGGAUUGGUACUCAACCAUUUGACGAUAGAAGAACACCAAGAGAUCAUGUCUUAACGGCAUUUGUCACUUUUGGUGAAGGUUACCACAACUUCCAUCACGAGUUCCCAAGUGACUAUAGAAAUGCCUUGAAGUGGUACCAAUACGACCCAACCAAGAUGGUUAUCUAUACAUUGUCUCAAUUUGGCUUGGCUUGGAACUUGAAGAUGUUUUCUCAGAAUGCCAUUGAACAAGGUCUUUUACAACAACAACAAAAGAAGUUGGAUAGACAAAGACAAAAAUUGAAGUGGGGAUCAAGCGUUGAUGAGUUACCCGUUUGGACAAGAGAAGAAUUUAACCAACGUGCCAAGAAAGAAGGUUUGAUUAUAAUAAGUGGUAUCAUUCACAAUGUCAAGUCUUUUAUUAAAGAACAUCCAGGUGGACAAGCUUUGAUUAGAGCUACUUUGGGUAAGGAUGCUACUGAUGCUUUUAGUGGUGCUGUUUAUCGUCAUUCAAAUGCAGCACAUAAUAUCUUGGCCACAAUGAGGGUUGCUGUUAUUAAAGAUGUUAAUGCUAAUGCCAACACUUUUGAUGCUCAAGAACAAUACAUGGAGAUGGAGAACGAAAAGGAGAAGCAAAGUUAG